AUGGAACCCAAAUCGGGUAGAGGCUUUGUGGCUCUCUCUUUCUCUCUCAUCCUCUUCGCUUCUCCAUCUACUCUCCCUCUUUCGUUGAUCCAUCGGCCUACUGCAACCAUGAGUGAUGAAGGAGAAAAGACUUGCCCACUUUGUGCUGAAGAGAUGGAUUUGACAGAUCAGCAGCUGAGGCCUUGCAAAUGUGGCUAUGAUAUUUGUGUUUGGUGUUGGCACCACAUUAUGGAUAUGGCUGAGAAGGAUGAUACAGAAGGGAGGUGCCCAGCAUGUCGCACCCCUUAUAACAAGGAAAAAAUAGUUGGGACAGCAUCAAAGUGUGAAAGAUUGGUAUCUGAAAUGAGUGUGGAAAAGAAACAAAAGUCACUGAAGGGAAAAACCAAAACUUCUGAAGGUAGAAAGCAGCUUAGUAGUGUGAGGGUUAUUCAAAGGAACCUUGUCUACAUUGUGGGACUACCUCUUAAUUUAGCAGAUGAAGAUCUUCUGCAGCGAAAAGAAUAUUUUGGUCAGUAUGGGAAGGUGCUGAAGGUUUCUAUAUCUCGAACAGCAGCUGGUUCCAUUCAACAUUUUGCAAACAAUACUUGUAGUGUAUAUAUUACUUACUCAAAGGAGGAUGAAGCUGUUCGAAGCAUACAAUCAGUACAUGGGUUUGUUUUGGAGGGUAGACCUUUGAGAGCCUGUUUUGGGACCACAAAGUAUUGUCAUGCAUGGCUUAGAAACAUGCCUUGCACCAAUCCUGAUUGCUUGUAUUUGCAUGAGUUUGGAUCACAAGAGGAUAGCUUCACUAAAGAUGAAAUAAUAUCAGAAUAUACAAGGGGUAGAGUUCAGCAAGUUACUGGUAUUACAAAUGAUAUACAAAGGCGAUCAGGGAAUUUUUUACCACCUGCAGCAGAUGAUUACUCUAAUAACACCACUUCUUCAUGGGCGAAACCUAUUAGUAAAACUCCUACAAAUGAUACAACCAACAGCAUGAAAGUUUCCCCACCAAAUAGCAGUUCUGGGAGAUCUGUAGCUCUUCCUGCAGCAGCCUCAUGGGGAACACAUGCUUCAAAUAGCCAACCUCUUGCUGCAAAUGCAGUGAGUUCUAAUGGAACUUUAAAGCAAAAGGUGGACACCUGUACUACUACUACUACUACUACUACUACUACUACGCUGUCAUUUUCAACAGCAGUAGUGAGCCCCUCAUCACAUUCCAAUGGGAUACUAAAGAAUCACAGUGAAGAAACUGCACCAAAUGAUAAAAACGAUUCAAUGCAAUCUUCCGAAACUGCCCCUGACAAGGACAAGGAUGUUGUUUCUGAUGAAGGAGGAAUCCAGAAGUUAUCAUCACUCAGCAUUGGUAGGAAUCAUGAAUUAGGAUUACAACCAUGUGAAGAUGAAAAACUUGUACAUGUACAACCUUUCACUUCAAAUAAACCAAAGAAGGGUACCAAUACCAAUACCAAUCCCAAUCCCAAUCCCACCAUGGACAAUAAAAGACAAGUGUCUUGUUUAGAACCAGAAGCAGAACCAGAUUUUCAGAAUAAUGUAGAAGAAGAAGAAGUUGUAGUUAGUGAAGCAGAAGCAGAAGCGGAUUUGUUAUCUUUUAAUGAUCAGAGGCUGAGGGAUCCAGAAGUUGUUACACAUACAAGCUAUAUACAGAAUGUCCCUCAAUCAUCCCAUUUGAAUCAGAAUUCUUAUUCUCCAUUUGGGAGUCAAAACCUUGAUAGAGGAGGUUCCCUUUUGAAUACCAUAAAUAUGCCAGUAGCCAAUGGGCAUUCUUCCAAUGGAGAUGUCAAUUCCUUUUUUGAAGGGUCUAAUGGGCAUUCUUACAUUAAUAAGCAAAUUGGAAUAUUUGAUGAUACUACAGCAAAGAGGGACCACCAUAUUAGUAAUAAUAAUAAUAAUAAUAAUAAUGGUUCAAUAGAUUUAGGAGAAAACAGUAUAAUAUCUAAUAUUCUGUCAAUGGACUUUGACCCUUGGGACGAGUCAUUAACUUCACCUCAGAACUUGGCUAAAUUAUUAGGCAACAACAGUGAUAAACAAGAAAGAUCUGGCUCUUCAAGAAAAACACAAAAUUGCAAUCAGUCAAGGUUCUCAUUUGCAAGAGAGGAGGAUCAAGGAUCCAAUUUCAAUUUUACACAAAGUUUUAAUGAUUUUGGUCAAAAUCUCAAUCAUCAGAACAUGAACAUGAAGCGUGAUUUUGUCAGCAACACAGAUGAGAAUGGUUUCUCUGCUUUUAAUUUUGAGGAAUCUGACAAUCGUAGUGCUGGCAAUUAUUCUUCCAAUAAGAUUUCAGUUUCAAGAUCUCAAAUCUCUGCACCUCCUGGAUUUAUGGGGCCCAGCAGAGCACCACCUCCAGGGUUCACCUUUAAUGAGAGGAUAGAACAGACAUAUGAUAACUUAUCUGGGAAUCAUAUGUUUGAGAGUAGUUCUAUAAUUAGAAAAAUGCAUCAGCAUCAAGCAGCAGCGGCUCCUGUAUAUAACGGUGGUGAGCUUGAGUUGAUGGAUCCUGCAAUUUUAGCUAUUGGUGGUAGUAGAGUUGACAUGAUGAGAUCAUCAUCAAACUUCCCUUCACAACAUGCUGUUGCUUCUUAUGAAAACGAUAACAGGCUUAGACUUUUAAUGCAAAGAUCUUCUUUCACACACCAAACUCAAAACCAAAACCAAAACCAAAACCAAAACCAAAACCAGAGAUUUAGUGAGCUAGGCCUAGGCCUAGGGGGAGAUGGUUAUGGAGUUCCUUCAAGAAUUCUAGAACAGAACAAUAACCGAUCCAGUUAUCAGCAGGGUGGAUUCCAACAGCCGAGGAUGUCUAAUGGGCAUUGGGAUGGAUGGAAUGAAGUUGGGAAUGGGAAUGGGAAUGGGAAUGAUAUUGCAAUGGCGGAGCUUCUGAGGAAUGAGAGAUUGGGAUUCAACAAGUAUUAUUCUUCUGGUUAUGGUUAUGAAGAUACAAAGUUCCGGAUGCCAAGGCUUCCAGAAACCAGCAGGGUUAUAGCAAGUAAUGAGAAUGAGAGGAGGAGGACCCUGUUCCAGAAGAAGAAGAACAAGUCUCAAGUGGAGAGAGGAUAUGGAUAUGGUGUGUUGUACAUAAUAAGCAUCAACCAACUAAGCCCAGCGGAAAAAUAAACCCAAUUUCUUUUUUGUUUUCACGUGGCAAACUCUCAGUAGACUUGUCAAGAGCUACUGUUCACAGAGAGUAAUCACUGGCACUGCUAUCUACAUUUUUUAAGCUGGCUUAAAAAUUUUCUAUGUUGUAAGAACGAAAAGCGUUGUAUUGAUUUCUCAAGUAGCUGGGGAAAAAGUGUGAGAUGAUAUAUAGUUUAAAUUCGUAAAUUUUUUGAAUAUACUAAUCAAUAUUCUUUUGUUCCUCAUUUUCUAUUAACCAUCC